AUGUCGGCGCGCCUGGCCCUGGUGGACUGGCUGGACGAAGGCUUCUCCAGCAUCCUUGAGCUGGGGGCGGUGAGCGAGCCGUGCCGGGACCCCGCCUGCUACCGGCCGGGCCAAGAGGUGGCGGCCCGGUGCCCCCUCUUCAAGGGGCUGAACCGUGCCCACAUCCUGGCCCUCAGCGGCCUCGAUCUAGCCGACCUCACCCCAGCUUCCCCUUCCCCGUGCUCCACCGACCCUCCAGCUGUGUCUGCUCCCGCCCCCGAGGGUCCCCUGGACCCCUCGACCUGCCCAGCCGCGGACGGCACCCCGCUGAUGGCCGCCGAGCCUGUUGCGGCGACGGCCGGUGCCUCGUGGCUGGGAGACGAGCUACCAGAGUGCAAUUCUAUUUGUGACAGGAAUUCUCUGUUGAGAUUAUUUCCCCCUACGUUGGCAUCUGACACUGGAAACAAUGGUGACUUGUCAGGUCUGUCUUCUGAGCGCCGUUUACAAAGUAAAGAUUUUCCAAACCCGAGUGGCACACGGAACUGUUACCAAGGACACUUGCGAAAGUUAUCUGCUGUGGAGACUUUACACAGAGUAUUUGAUGACCUUUAUCUUAUAGAGUCUUUGCUUUCUCCUUCUGACUCUUCUACUCAGCCAUCUGAUGGGAUCUUGAACAUUUAUCCUGAAAAUUCUGCUUUUGAAAAUAAUGCCAUCAUUCAGCAAGAAGAAUUAGCGUUUCAGAAUGUACAGUUUAAUCAGCAUGUGUGCAAUUAUCAUAAGAUGAACUUAAAUGGAGACCAUGAAAAGAACUGCUCUGAUUUUAGUUAUUGUUCUUCUCAGUUUAGAGUUAAAGAUGGCACUGGUAUUCAGAAAGAGUAUCGGGAAACUGACCGAGCAAGAGGCAACCCUAUGAAAAAUGAAAAACAAGCGCAAGCAAAGUACUCCAAUGAUUUGUUUAGUCCACCUACUAAUGGCACAUGGGGCAAAGUGUUCCAGGACAAUCAUUUGGUUUCUAAAAGAUAUGAAGAUUUUACAACUUCUCGUAAAUCACAGCCAUCUAAUCACCCGCUGCUAUAUUUUUUCAAUCAACCAUUUACUAAAGAAAAUCGUUUUUCUGGAGGAACAAAUAGAAACCCACAGGAAGCUCACAUGCAAAAUGGCCAGAAUCGCUUCAAUUUGGGGAAAACCUGUAAUGACAUUGAAUAUGAGAGCCGUAUUAAUCCUAAAGAAUGUUCUCAUUUACUUCUGAAAACUGCUCUACAACAUAGAAAUGUUCAUUCGCCUUACCGUGGCCAUAUUUCACUGGAUGAUAAAAGACCAGCUGCACAGGAGUUAGGACAACUUGUUCAGCAGUAA